AUGGCUCCUGGAACCCCUAAUUAUGCCAUGCUUUACCACCAAUUGCUAGACGAGAAUAAUGCAACACAAAGCGUCCCUCCUACUGGCCGUUGGGCUAUAUUUAAACGUCGUGCAUUGAUGCUGCUUCCCUUUAUUUGGCCCAGGUCGAAAUACCACUUGCAGCUAAAUGUCAUCCUCUGUCUUAUCCUCCUAGUCAUUGCUCGAGUUGUCAAUCUAUACGUCCCCAUAUUUUACAAAAACAUUGUAAACAGUUUAACGCCAAAUGUGACGACAAAUCACAGCAUGGAUACUGUUGUGCAGCAGAUGAGGUCCGGUGACUUCAGCUACAUAUAUAUGACAAUUGCCGGACCAAAUGGACUCGUGUUUAGGUGGGAUCUGGUUCUCUACUACAUUGGGAUUCGCGCUGUUCAGGGGGUCGGAUCUCCUAGUUCGGGGCUCCUAGGGGCUAUACAGGCAAUCCUCUGGAUAUCUGUGGAUCAGAAUUCUGCUCGCAUGUUGGGAGUCUAUCUAUUCAAGCAUCUACAUGAACAGUCAUUGAGUUGGCACCUGUCACGGAAGACGGGCGCAAUGCUGCGUAUCGUAGAUCGUGGAACGUCAAGUGUUUCCAGUGUGUUGAAUUAUCUUUUCUUCAGUAUUAUGCCUACUGUCGUUGAUAUUGUCGUUGGUAUUUCCUACUUCAUCACCGCCUUCAGUGUCUGGUACGGUCUCAUCGUCUUCGUCACCAUGUCGAGCUACAUCGUUGUCACAAUUUUGAUCACUGAGUGGCGCAACAAACUUCGUCGUGUAAUGAACGAUAUGGACAAUUUCAAGAGCGCUGUUGCAGUGGAUUCCCUAAUGAAUUUCGAAACCUGCAAUUUCUUCGUCGUCUUCUUCAAGGUGAAAUACUACAAUGCAGAGACCUUUGAAGUUGAGCGUUAUGAUAAGGCGAUUGCUGAAUACCAGAGAGCAAAUUGGACUAAUCAGAUCUCUCUUUCCGUCCUCAAUGUAACCCAAUCAGCGAUAAUUACGGCGGGCCUUUUGGUUGGAACUCUGCUUUGCGCUCACGAUGUUGUUAUCGGUACCCUGACGGUGGGUGAUUUCGUUCUCUUCUGCACAUACAUCCUCCAACUCUACAUGCCGCUCAACUUCUUUGGCACCUAUUAUCGUCUGCUUCAGACCAGCUUUGUGGACAUGGAAAAUAUGUUCGAGUUACUGGAGGAUGACACACGUAUACACGAUGCUCCUGACGCAACACGUUUAACUGUCACUGAAGGCAAAAUUGAAUUUAAGGGUGUCAAUUUUGCCUAUGUCCCCGGGAGGUCGGUCUUGAAAGACGUUUCCUUCACCGUAAUGCCGGGCAAGAAACUUGCGUUGGUGGGUCAAACCGGUAGUGGAAAGUCGACAAUCAUGCGUCUUCUCUUUCGUUUCUACGAGCCCACCAGUGGAGAGAUUUUGAUUGAUGGACAGAACAUCCUCCACGUGACUCAGAAGUCACUUCGUCAAGCCAUCGGUGUUGUGCCUCAGGAUACAGUUCUCUUCAAUGACACAAUUUCUUAUAACAUUCUCUAUGGUCGUCAUACUGCACUACCUGAGGAGGUGCAAGCCGCUGCACGAGCCGCAGAGAUGCACGAACGGAUUCUGGAGUUCCCACAGGCCUACUCCACAGUUGUUGGGGAGCGUGGACUCAAGUUGUCAGGUGGAGAGAAGCAGCGUGUUGCAAUCGCCAGAACUCUGCUCAAGGGUCCUCAAAUCGUCCUCCUUGAUGAAGCUACGUCAGCGUUGGACACGAAAACAGAGAGGCUAAUUCAGGAGAGCCUGGACAAGGUUUGCGAGAACCGGACUACAAUCAUAAUAGCGCACCGACUAUCGACAAUACGACACGCAGACGAGAUUCUGGUUAUGCAUCAGGGCGAGGUCUUGGAGCGUGGUAGUCAUGAAGAGCUGCUGGCCAUUCCAAAUGGUCGUUAUGCCUCGUUGUGGAUGGAGCAGAGCUCGAAGCAGACACACACGCGUGAAGGCUGA